AAUGGUUAAAGGGAGACUACUCUAUUUAUUUUAAUGUCUCAUGAGUUUCGUCUCGAAUCCACAAAAAGUAGAAAAGAGGCAGCAGGUCCAAGACUAGGCUAUGUUUAAUUGACCUUUUACCCAGAAAAGUAAAUGUGAAACUGUUAAAGGAGCUAAGUCGCUAAUAUUUGGGACCUAGAAAUUGACACAAAUGGGUCGCAACGCAUACAAUAAUGUAAUAUGAAUGUAUAUAAAUUGAUUUACAUUCAAUCGUUUAUGUUUUUACUGUAAUUUCUAAUCAGUUAGGUUCGGCGAAAUACGCCAGUAUUCUCAAUCGAAUUUCAAUCUCUGGCAUCUGGUUUUUCCAGUCUAUGCCGAUAGUAUUUAUUGGGCAUGCUCUCCAGAUAAGAGUAUAGCGUCACCGUUUGACAUGACUUGUGGAAUAUGCCUAGCCUCGUUUUUCGAGUCCCUUAUUACAAAUAGCGCUGAAACGCAUUAUGGUACACGAUUCGUGUACCAAUUGUAAAAUGUUUAUUUUGUUUUAAAUAUUGGAUAUCAGAAGGCCAUUUUUUCCUGGUAAGAUCACAACAUCAAUGUUGAUUUAAAGCGACAAAUAAAUCGUGUGCUCAAUGUCGAAGAUUUUGGAUGAUAUUGAAUUAGAGACUUAGCUACUUGAAAUCUUAAUUAGAAGACGGAUGUUUUAAAUUUGUCUAAAGCAAACAACUAUUUGACGAGGACCAUGGAUUUUAAAGAUUUUAUUUCACAAUGUAAUGGACCUCUGAUAUUUAACAACAACUUGAAUUGCCCAGCUAUUGAAUGGACUCCACAAGUGUUAACAGAUCUUCUCAACAACAAGAUGAUGAAAUGUAAAAUUGGUCCAAAAAAUCCUGAAGAUACAGUGUUUGAAACUGAUUGUUUAUAUUUAAAUGUAACAUUAAGAGAUUUUAUUGACUGGUGUGAAGGAAACGUAAAAGAAUCUAACUCUUUAGCAGAAAUUGACAAGGAAAAGUUCUUUUGUUAUGUAGAUUAUAAAUAUAUGCCUGAUUUAUUUGAAGACAGUCCUGAUUUAUUGGAGUCAGUAAGCUGGGAUAGUUUUGGUUUAUGUACUCGUAAUGGUAAAGACUGUACCAUUUGGAUUGGUUCAGAAGGAGCGUUUACACCGUGUCACUAUGAUACAUAUGGUUUUAACUUGGUAGCACAGAUAUAUGGCAGCAAACGCUGGUAUUUAUUUCCACCAUCAGCCACAAAAUAUAUGUAUGCAACUAGAAUACCAUAUGAAGAAUCAAGUGUAUUUAGUGAAAUUAAUAUUAAACAACCUGAUAUACUAUAUUAUACAGAGUUUCAGAAAAGUCAACCAUAUAUUGUUACUUUAGAGCCAGGUCAAGUUUUGUAUGUUCCGAAACAUUGGUGGCAUUAUGUUGAAUGUUUAAAUACAACAGUUAGUAUUAAUACAUGGGUAGAAAUGAAAGAUGAUAAUGAAACAAGAGUAAAAGAAGCCAUUACAAGAGUGUUAAUAUCAAGUUUAGUUUCAGACUUCCAGGAAUGUUUUGAUACACAACACUGGAUCAAUCCCAAUGAGGAGGUGAAAAAUUGUCCUGUAAAUAUUGGUUAUUUACAUAAAGCUGUAACAGAUCUCAAACUAUCCACAACACAUGGUAAUCAAGAAAUGGAUAAUUUCAAACUUUUCUGUGAUAAAUUCAAAUCUCUUCAGGUCACUCCAUCAUCAGAUAACAUGUCAGAGUCUUUGGAUUUAAACAGAAAAAGACCAAAGAUGUCCUCCGAGUAUUUAAAAAAUACUGAUUCUUCUGAAACAACAAAUAAUUCUGUGAAUAUUAAACAGGUUCAGUCAUAUAGUUUUAAGGAAUAUUUAGAAUUUAUAGGUUAUUCUCAAGUGAAACUCCCAGGGAAUGAGCAACAAGAAAUAAAGGCUGAUCUUUGUUUAAAGAGUGAAACAGACUUGACUAAGCAUUUGGUGAAAAGUAUCUUGAAACCUGAAGUGAUUAAUAUUUUGACAAAAUCAUUUUUAGAUUUUAAAUAAAAAAUGUUAAUUUUUUUAUUUGAUUUUGAUCAAAUAGGGAAAAUCUGGCAUCAAAUCAUUUAUAUGCUGAUUUUCUAAAUCUAAUAAUCCCAAAUGAUUUAUAAUUAAUAAUGAUGAUUAAGUGUAGUUUAAUGGUCGAGUGCGAGAUAUUAAGUAAUAUAUUGAUAUUGCAGGAGUGCGUCCAGCAUGAGUGCUAUAUCUAUAUAUUAUGCAAUGUCUUGCACGAGACCAUUAAACAACUUAAAUACAGACACUAUCCAGCACGUGCAUUGCAAUGAAAUAUGUCACACGGGUCCAAUAUUUCAACUAGUAUAAAUAAUGUACGCUUGCCACAUUGCCACAUGUACGCCAACAUCAAAGGAUGACGUUACUUCUGUAUUUUAAUCAGAUAUAUGUCCCUUGCAGUGAGGUGUGUAUUGGAUGAAUCUGUAUUAAAAAUCAUCUUAGAUUUAAUUAAAGUUAAAUUAUACUUUAUAUCAUUUACUUCGAUUUCGAUACUGUAAAGCGAUUUUAAACCCUCUACUUUAUAUUAUUAUUAUCAGUUUAUCUAUCUAUACUAAUAUUUGUGACUGUCGUUUGUCUGUUUGUCUGUCUGUUCGCGGUUACACUAGGUCUGCCCCGAGUCUGAAAUUUGGGGUAUAGGGGUAGCUCGGACCGGGGAGUAACAUAGGCCAGGUGGCGUUAGUCUACCACUUCCGGUUUCGGGGUUAUGACCCCCGAGCGAAGCCGGGUAUCCUGCUAGUUAGGUAAUAAGAUUGAUAGUUAUAGAUUACAAUACCCUAUCUAUGUAUUAUAAACCCAACAAUAGUUAGCCAGAUUACAUGAUUGAUCUAUGGACAUUCAUUUCAUUUCAUUACUUCUGUUUUGUAUUAUUGUCAGAUUAUACCGGGAAGACAGUAAAUUAAUGUCAUAUUAUGUAUUAUAUAUUCAUAAAAUCUUUUGUUCUAUUUUACCUGAUAUUAUUUAUAAUCCAUUUUCAUGUUAAUAUAUUAUUAUAUGUAUGUAUAAAAAUGUAUAGUUGAUAUAUACUUAUUUAUAUAUCUGAAACCCUUGAGAAUGAGCAGACAGAUAGCUAAUGAUUUAUCAAACAAAGUAAAAAGUAGUUUAUUUUUUUAA